CUUAUCCACCGAUGGGCAGAAACCGGCUGUAAUCUCCGUCUCUCAUUGGCUGCUGCUCUCGUCCAGGUGACCACAGAGAUUGGGGAAUUUGUCAGGGCAUCAGAUUAGUUCCUCCUGUCAAUCCAAUUGAGCGUCCUCACAGGACUGAUCCUACCGCAAAUAGAAACCAGCCUCACAAACCAAACCACAGGGAUUCAUGUCUCAUCUGAGAAGCUGCUCUUAAGAAGACCUGCUUAAGCGAGAUGCCGUCGUCCUCGUGUCACUCCAGCUCUGGCCCCGAGAAGAAGAUUGGUCACCGGCGGGUCGAUGCAUCCGGUGAGACCACAUACAAAAAGACGACCUCAUCCGCCCUGAAAGGAGCCAUUCAGCUGGGCAUCGGCUACACCGUGGGGAACCUAAGCUCCAAACCCGAGCGGGACGUCCUCAUGCAGGACUUCUAUGUGGUGGAGAGCAUUUUCUUUCCCAGUGAAGGCAGUAAUCUGACUCCAGCGCAUCACUAUCCAGACUUCAGGUUUAAAACAUACGCUCCGGUGGCCUUUCGCUACUUCAGAGAGCUCUUCGGCAUUCGACCGGACGACUACCUGUAUUCUCUGUGUAAUGAGCCCCUGAUCGAGCUCUCGAACCCCGGCGCCAGUGGCUCCAUCUUCUACGUGACUCGAGAUGAUGAGUUUAUCCUGAAGACGGUCAUGCAUAAAGAGGCUGAGUUUCUGCAGAAGCUGCUGCCUGGAUACUACAUGAAUCUGAACCAGAAUCCGCGGACGCUCCUGCCCAAGUUCUUCGGCCUGUAUUGCGUUCAGUCGGGCGGGAAGAACAUCCGCAUCGUGGUGAUGAAUAACGUGCUGCCGCGGGUUUUCCGCAUGCACCUCAAGUUUGACCUGAAGGGCUCCACGUACAAGCGCAGAGCCUCUAAGAAGGAGCGAGAGAAGAACAGACCCACGUACAAAGACCUGGACUUCAUGCAGGACGUUCAGGACGGGCUCCUGCUGGACGUGGACACCUACAACGCCCUGCUUAAAACCCUGCAGAGGGACUGUCUGGUGCUGGAGAGCUUUAAGAUCAUGGACUACAGUCUGCUGCUGGGUGUUCAUAAUGUGGAGCAGGCGGAGCGGGAGCGUCAGAUGGAGGGAUCUCAGGGCAGUGAUGAGAAGCGGCCGGCGGCUCAGAGAGCGCUUUACUCCACCGCCAUGGAGUCCAUUCAGGGCGGAGCGGCGUGCGGAGACUCCAUCGACACCGACGACACAAUGGGGGGCAUUCCUGCGGUCAGUGGGAAAGGAGAGCGACUGCUGCUCUUCAUCGGCAUCAUAGACAUCCUGCAGUCCUACAGACUCAUAAAGAAGCUGGAGCACACGUGGAAAGCUCUGGUCCAUGAUGGGGACACUGUUUCUGUCCACCGGCCCAACUUCUACGCCGACCGCUUUUUCAGGUUCAUGAGCGCCAAUGUGUUCAAGAAAAGCACUUCACUGAAGGCGUCUCCAGCUAAGAAGGGCCGCUCAGUUCUGGCGGUGCCCAAAUUCAGUGUCCCCGGAGCGGCCUGGUCUGCCAGUCAGCUUCCCUCAGAGCGAGACGAGAACAUUUACGACCUGAGAGGAGCUCGCAGCUUCCCUGUGCUGGAGAAUGACGGUCUGCAGUCCUGCACUCCUCCAUCAUUUGAAGAAGCAACAACGGCAUCUGUGGCCACGACUCUGUCCUCCAACACCUCCAUAUCCAUCCCAGAGCGCUCUCCGUCAGACACCAGUGAACAUCCACGAUACAGAAGACACACACUAUCUCUGAAAGACGCUGAAGGAAGGACUCAUGAGGUUGUGGAUGUGCAUGAAGAAGAUCAGCAGACCAUCACUGUACAGGUGGAGGUGAAGAGAGAAACAGAAGAAGACGAGGACGACAGAGAGACAGACGCCUCUCAGACACACACUGAUCCAGAGACACACAUUGCUGCAGAGACGGAGAUGGUUCCUCCUCCUCCUGCAGAUUCAGACCCUGCUGAUGAUCUGGAGACUCAAACAGCAUCUUCAGCUCCAGAUGAUCAGGAAAAUCCUCCUCCAGCAGACUCCGAGCAGCAGACGGCGGCAGAUCCUCCAGAAGCAGAAAGCAGAAGCGCUGAAUCAGCAGAAGCAAACCCUCAAACGCAGCUUCCCCCAGCGGAUCCGCUGUCCCAGAGCCAGAGCCGAGAGUCUCUGGAGGAAGAGCUCGCCGCAAACACUGACAUCUACUUCUAUGCUGAGGGCAGGUAUUGGGUUUAUUCUCCUGUUCUCCAGCGGAGGAAGUUCAGCUCCUGCAGUGUCCCUCCAGAGGACAGGAGCUGGGUUUAUUCACCUCUGCAUUAUGACUCUCAGUCUGUGUCUGAUGGAGGAAGCGACACAUAAACUGGAGGAGGAUCACUCAGGCGUGAUGUGAAGUGUUGAUUCUGAAGAAGCUUCCAGAAAAGAAACAGCACUCCUUUUCUACCCGGUGCCACUUUCCAGAGCAUUUCUCUCUCAAAAACUGUGUGUGUUCGUGUGUGUGAGAAAGAGAGAGUUCAGCAUCCCUCAAUACACCACUGACCACUGUGGACCACCCACAAUGCAUUGCAACUAGACUAUGACCUUCAGAACAAUCAUGCAAUCGAUCAUCAUGUGAAAGCGAGUUUCUUCAAUAUGGAGCGUGAUCAUUAUACAACUUAUCGACUAUCAUUAACAACUCCUCCUGUGUGUGUACUGUAUGAUCCGCUUUAUUUAGUGCAGUCCAGAAAGCAUAGCAGACAGACAUCAUCAUCAUCAUCAUCAUCAUCAUCAUGUAAGUCUGAACUUAUUUCACUUCUGCAUUCUCUUCUCUUUGGGCUUUAUUUCGCAUCAGGAGAGAUCACUGCUGGACUGAUUUAUUAUUUUACAUCAUAUCCAUGAAAACAAACAUUGAUUUGAUCCUGUGAAAUGCCUGAACAUGCUUAAAGCAAGACACGUUUACUUGAGGAUUUUUGAGAAUUUAAUCUACGCUGGAUUAACACUGAUUUCCUCCUAUUUUAAAAUAAUAAUAAUAAUAAUAAUAAUAUUUUUGCUUCAAAAAUGAAAUUGUUAAAUGUAAGAGAUUUGAGAACCUGGCUGACAGAUUUUUUUCCUAUUAUUAUUAUUAUUAUUAUUAUUAUAUUUACUUCAGAACUGAAAUUAGGUUUAAGACUUUUUAAGGACUUAAUGUCUUGACCGACUAAUU